AGGGCAUGUCAACAGCAGCAGCCAGCAGAUUCCCAUUAGACGCUCAGGUGCUUCAUAUCGUGGGGAAACUGUGACGCCAGAAAGGGGGAGAAAACCACCAACCCAGACAGCUGACAGCGUAAAAUACAUCCAGACUACAGCUCUGGACUGUCAGACUUUACAGACUGAGCCUGUAGAUUCAGAUAAGAUGGAUUACGGCUCACAGCUCGCAGGAAUCACAAUAUGGAUCAGACGGUUCUUGAGUUACCUGCUGUGUUUCUGGUUCACCUUUGAGUCACCUUUCUGA